AUGUCUCUCACCUCCGUCAUUUUAGCUUCCCAAUCCCCUCAAACCCUGAAUAAUGCCGAUACUCGACGUUCGGCUAAAUACCAUCCCAGUAUUUGGGGAGAUCGGUUUCUGUCUUAUAACAACACUAUGGAAACUAACAUGCAAGGUAAGCAACAAGUAAUCCAACAACUGAAGGAAGAAGUGAAGAGGAUGCUGAUGGCUCCGCCGGUUGAAACUGGUUUGGGAAAACUGGAGUUGAUUGAUGACAUUCAACGCUUAGGCGUGUCUUACCACUUCGAAUACGAGAUUGACCAAACUAUGCAGCAAAUUCACGAAAACCUUAAUGGCACCUAUGAUGAUGAUGACUUGCACACUUGUGCUCUUCGUUUUCGCUUGCUAAGGCAGCAUGGUUAUAAUGUUUCUUGUGAUAUGUUCAACAAGUUCAAAGAUUGUGAUGGGAAAUUCGACGAAUCGCUUCACCACGAUGUAGCAGGACUCCAAAGCUUGUACGAAGCCACACAUCUUAGGGUGCGAGGAGAGGAUUUUCUAGAAGAAGCACUAGCCUUCACAACCACACAUCUACAGUCGGCAGCAAAUCGUUUGAGCCCCCCGCUUUCGAAACAAGUAAGGCAUGCCUUGAAUCAGCCACUUCGGAAGGGCUUACCGAGGCUAGAAGCGAGGCACUACAUGUCUCUUCACCAGGAACUGCAUGGAUCACGUAACCAUGUUUUGCUGAGAUUUGCAAAGCUGGAUUUCAACCUGCUCCAACAAGUGCAUCAGAAAGAACUAAGUGAUAUUGCAAGGUGGUGGAAGAAGUUGGACUUUGCUAGCAAGCUUCCUUUUGCAAGAGACAGAGUGAUUGAGUGCUACUUCUGGAUUUUGGGUGUCUACUUUGAACCCAAGUAUUACUUUGCUAGGAGAACCCUUACCAAAGUUAUUGCCAUGACAUCCAUUAUUGAUGACAUUUACGAUGUGUAUGGCACUCUUGAAGAACUAGAUCUCUUUACUAGAGCAAUUGAGAGAUGGGACAUCUCAGCCAUGGAUGUACUGCCGGAGUAUAUGAAAUUCUGUUACGAGGCACUCUUAGAUGUUUAUGCUGAAGCAGAACAGGGGCUUGCAAGCGAGGGAAAAUCAUACCGUAUCGAUUAUGCAAAAGAAGCGAUGAAGAGACAAGUUAGGGCAUACCAUGCUGAAGCCAAAUGGUUCCACAACAACUACACACCAACAAUGGACGAAUACAUGGAAGUAGCCCUCGUCACUUCAGCCUACUCAAUGCUAGCAACCACAUCCUUUGUUGGAAUGGGAGAUAUUGUUACUAAAGACUCUUUCGAGUGGAUCUUCAGUGACCCUAAGAUGGUAAAGGCUUCAGCAGUAGUUUGCAGACUCAUGGAUGACAUUGUAUCCCACAAGUUUGAGCAAAAGAGAGGACAUGUUGCUUCGGCCGUGGAAUGCUACAUGAUACAAUACGGUGCGACAGAAGAAGAAACCAUAAUCGAAUUUCGAAAACAAGUGAGUGAUGCAUGGAAGGACAUAAAUGAAGAGUGCCUCCACCCUACCUCUGUCAACAUGCCUCUCUUGAUGCGAGUUCUGAAUCUCACACGCGUGAUAGAUGUACUGUACAAGUCUGAAGAUGGCUACACUCAUGCUGGAACCAUACUCAAAGAUUUUGUAGCAUCUCUACUGGUAGAUCCUGUGACUGUAUAA